UAUCAAGCCUGUGACAGAUGUAUUCUCUUGACUUCCUGUUGACGGGUCAGAUAGUCCUCAGCCUGGCCUGCAGAGAUACUCCGAUCCACACGCGUGUGUUUACCGUGUUUAGACGCAGCAUGAUGGACGUACUGGGCUGUUCCUCCAAGUCGUUCAAGCUGUACUCCCCAAAGGAGCCCCCCAACGGAAGCGCUUUCCCCCCCUUCCACCCCGGCACCAUGCUGGACCGAGACCUGGGUCCGACACCAAUGUAUCCCCCCACAUACCUGGAGCCAGGCAUCGGGAGACACACACCUUAUGGGAAUCAGACAGACUACAGGAUAUUUGAGCUCAACAAGCGGCUUCAGAACUGGACAGAGGAGUGUGAUAAUCUGUGGUGGGAUGCUUUUACUACUGAAUUCUUUGAGGAUGACGCUAUGCUCACCAUCACGUUUUGUCUGGAGGACGGUCCUAAGCGAUACACGAUCGGCCGGACGCUGAUUCCUCGUUACUUCAGGAGUGUGUUUGAAGGCGGCGCCACUGAGCUCUACUACAUUCUCAAGCAUCCUAAAGAGUCCUUCCACAGCAACUUUGUGUCUCUGGACUGUGAUCAGUGUACGAUGGUCACGCAGAACGGCAAGCCCAUGUUCACACAGGUGUGUGUGGAGGGCCGUCUGUACCUGGAGUUCAUGUUCGAUGACAUGAUGAGAAUAAAGACGUGGCAUUUCAGCAUCCGGCAGCACAGAGAGCUCAUUCCCCGGAGCAUCCUGGCCAUGCAUGCUCAGGACCCGCAGAUGUUGGAUCAGCUGUCCAAAAACAUCACCAGAUGCGGCCUGUCAAACUCCACCCUCAACUACCUCCGAUUGUGUGUGAUCCUGGAGCCCAUGCAGGAGCUGAUGUCCAGACACAAGACGUACAGUCUGAGCCCCCGAGACUGUCUGAAGACGUGUCUGUUCCAGAAGUGGCAGAGGAUGGUGGCUCCUCCAGCGGAGCCGGCCAGACAGGCGCCCAGUAAGAGACGGAAGCGUAAGAUGUCGGGCGGCAGCACCAUGAGCGCCGGCGGCGGCUCCAACAACAACAGCAACAGCAAGAAGAAGAGCCCAGCAAACAGCUUCCCGCUGUCCAGUCAGGUCCCGGAUGUGAUGGUGGUGGGUGAGCCCACGCUGAUGGGAGGAGAGUUCGGGGACGAGGACGAGCGUCUGAUCACGCGGCUGGAGAACACACAGUUCGACGCGGCUAACGGCAUCGACGACGAGGACAGCUUUAACAACUCGCCCGCGCUGGGAGCCAACAGCCCCUGGAACAACAAGCCUCCGUCCAGCCAAGAGGGCAAGAACGACAACCCCACCUCACAGCCGUCUCAGUGAGACUCGGACGGGGGCGGAGCCGGGGGCGGAGCCAGGGAGCAUUAGCAUCCAAUGGGAAGAAAGAGGUGCGGUCGACUCAUUCAUCUACCUGCAGUAGCUGGUCUUCCUGUCAGCAGAGGAAGUGACCCCGGAGACCAGAGAUGAGCGUGACAGCGUUUACUCGUCACAGGACAGUUUUUAUUCAACGCUCCUGGUUUUGUUGGUGAUUUAUGAGGAGCCUGUGCAUAGUUCAGAUGAAGCACGUAAAACACCAACAAGACCAAGACACAUCCAGCUCCCGUUACACUCACAAGAAAUGACAUAUUGCAUGAGGAAAAUAUAUAUAUUUUAAUUCAAUAGUGUUUUAAUGGAAGCUUGUUUCUGCCACUUGGUAAAAAAACAACAACCUUUCAUCAAUUUUGACUGUUUUCUCAGAUUUGUUGAUAUAAACUCACAAUUAUGAGUAUGAUCUCAAUUCUGAGAAAAGUCAGCAUUGCAAGAAAAAAAAAAGAAUCAAGCUUCCAUAGUUUUGUGACUGCGUUACAAUGAGAGAUUAAAAAAUAUGUAUAAAUAAAUCAGCAAAAGUCUAAACACUACCGGUCUCUUUGAUUUGCGUUACAGUAAUGAGAUGCGGGGGAAAUGUGUAAUCAUCAUUUUAAUGCAAACAACAACACAAUAAUCUAAUGGCUGAUAUAGUAGACUACAUAUUUUCUUUCAGCAAGAUGUCAUUGUCUGAUUUCUGGACUGAAAUGUCGACAGUCUCGCAUCUUCCUCUGAUCGCUGGAGGAUGUUUAAUAUCACA